AGAAGCCGAAAAGGUGUUUUCUUUGCUGGCUAGGAUAGCUAACUAGCUAGUAUAUUUGUUACAUUAGCCAUUCCUUCCAUUUCUCUUUAUACAAAUCCGAAGCAAGACGUUCUUUAGAGGUGAAAUAUGGCAGAAUCUCCCUUUCCUCUGCUCUCCCUAGGUGUCCUGGUUCCUCCUCUCCGGAUGAUGUCAGCACUCAUGUGGCAGGUGGUGCGCCAGGGCAACAUAAAUCAGUAUGGGAAAUUGGAGGAGUUUGUUUCCAUGGUCACAGAGGCGGUUCCAGAUCUCCUGUCCAAUAGACAGAGGUGGCUGCUGACCCUGGCACUCAGAGGACGGGUGAGUCUACAACUAUUAGGGUCUGGAUGUCCUGAUGACCUCAAGGCUGUUCAAACCCACCUGGAUAGAAUCACAGCAUCUGGUCUCAAACAGUCAAACGAUGCCGCGAUUGAAUUUGCUGAAGCCAACUUCCUGAAGCUGAUCCAGAGCCUAGUAGAAGACCCAGACAGAAGGGAACACUUCUUCAAGGUUGUGUUCCCCGUGGAGUAUGGACCUAACUUUGACUCGGCGCUGCAGACUCUGGUGUGUCAUUUGCUGUCCAGACUGGAGGAGCUGCUGCCCGUCCCUGACUUCAAACAGACUGCUUUGUUGAUCAGUGCUGCCCCCUCUGUCCUGGGGGACUUCCUGUGCAGUGUCUCCCAUGCAGAGGACCUGAAGUCCCUGCUACAGAACCCACAGUGCCACGGGAAACUCAAGCUGCCCAAGAGCGCUCCCUCGCAGAUAGAGGACCACCUCCUCUUAUCCUUAUCCCCCUCACUGAGACUGGGCAAUGCCUCGCACCACAGCGCCAGCGAAUCCAAAGCCUUCCCUGACUGUGAGAACCCGCCCCUGCAGGUCAGAGAUAACCAGGGGACUAUGACUGACAAUUUGAGUGGCCAAUGGGCUAAGUCCAAAACAAGUAUAGAUCAAAACAUGAUUGGAACAGAUUCAGUAGAAAACCAAGGAGGUCCUCAAAGAACGGAUAACCAGAAGGACGUGAAGAAGAAAGCUGUGGAAAGACAAAGUGUAGGAAGGACAGCAGCAGACACGGAGCACCAAUACUGUCUGAGCACCAAUACUGUUCCUCAAACUGCUGAACAAGACACGGCACCAUCAGCCAGCCAACAAGCUGCCUCAGCCUCCACCUCAGUGUCUGCCCAGGACACCACCUCAACAUCCACCUCGAGCACCAUAUCAGCCUCCUCCGGUGUGUCAUCAGAGCAGCCGCGGCGGCGCGUGGCCCACAGGUGUCCCCAAUGUGGCCGUUGUUUCAUCUACCGCUAUAAGAUGCUGGAGCACCAGAGACUCCACACAGGGGAGAACCCUUACAAGUGUUCCCAGUGUGGUAAGACCUUCAGACGGUCCUCGGAGAUGUCCACCCAUCGACGGACACAGUGCUCCAACGCUGCCUAUGUCUGUAUUAAAUGCGGAAGCAGUUUUGGGUCGGUCAGAGAGCGGGUCAGCCACCGGUGUUGUGGUAGCAAAGCGCCGGCGCCCAAGUUUGAAUGUCCACAGUGUGGGAAGAACUUCAAGUGGCACAACUCGUUAAAGAAACACCUGGUAACCCACACCAGGAAGAAGGGCUUCAAUUGCAGGUACUGUGGUGAGGGGCCGUUCCCAGGUAUAGCUGAGCUGAGGACCCACCAGAAGAUCCAUGAUGGAGAAGAGAAGCCCUACAAGUGUGAACAGUGUGGAAAGGGCUUCAGCUCCCAGGGCUGGCUACAUGGCCACGAGCAGCGCCACUCCCAAGAGAGGUCCAAGAUCUGCCCCAGCUGUGGAAAGGCCUUCCGCUGUAAAGGGGACCUGAAGCUCCACAUGCGGACUCACACCGGCGAGAGGCCGUACCAGUGUACCUACUGCACCAAGCGGUUCUCUGUCAACGGAAACCUGACGAUACACAUCAGGACUCACACGGGGGAGAAACCUUUCCUCUGCUCUGACUGCGGCAAGGCCUUCUGCUCUGCAGGAGAGCUGCAGAUCCACAGGAGAACACACACCGGGGAGAGACCGUACAAAUGCACCGUCUGUGAGAAAGGUUUCACCAUGGCCAGUCAGGUGACUCUUCACAUGCGGGUACACACGGGGGAGCGACCCUACGUGUGUCAUGAGUGUGGAAAGGCAUUUCGUCGCGGGGCGGAGUUGAAGACACACAUCCUGAAUCACAGUGGGGUGAGACCGUACCCCUGUCGGCUCUGUUCUAAGACCUACACCUGCCUUAGUCACCUGAAGAGACAUCUGAAGACUCACGGGGACCAGGCGGUGGAUAUGAGCAGUGAUUUGUCUGUAUCUGCUGUAUAAUAAACCAGUUGAAGACUCAUGAGCAGUGAUUUGUCUGUAUCUGCUGUAUAAUAAACCAGUUGAAGACUCACAGGGCCCAGUCAGUAGAUAUGAGCAGUGAUUUGUCUGUAUCUGCUGUAUAAUAAACCAGUUGAAAAGAAAACACUUACCUUUUAACACUGUGUUGUCAAUAUAAAAAGGUGCAUAUUUCAUUUUCUGACGGCUGCUUAUGCUAAUUCUAUUAAGAGGUAGUUGACUGAACUCCGUAAGGAUCGUCGCCAUGUUUGCUUAUUGCUACUAUCAGGACUAAGACUGUUGCUUCUAGAACAAGAGGAGUGUUGCUUCUAGAACAAGAGGAGUGUUGCUUCUAGAACAAGAGGAGUGUUGCUUCUAGAACAAGACGAGUGUUGCUUCUGGAAACGAGACGAGUGUUGCUUCUGGAAACGAGACGAGUGUUGCUUCUGGAAACGAGACGAGUGUUGCUUCUGGAAACGAGACGAGUGUUGCUUCUGGAAACGAGACGAGUGUUGCUUCUGGAAACGAGACGAGUGUUGCUUCUGGAAACGAGACGAGUGUUGCUUCUGGAAACGAGACGAGUGUUGCUUCUGGAGACGAGUGUUGCUUCUGGAGACGAGUGUUGCUUCUGGAAACGAGACGAGUGUUGCUUCUGGAAACGAGACGAGUGUUGCUUCUGGAAACGAGACGAGUGUUGCUUCUGGAAACGAGACGAGUGUUGCUUCUGGAAACGAGACGAGUGUUGCUUCUGGAAACGAGACGAGUGUUGCUUCUGGAAACGAGACGAGUGUUGCUUCUGGAAACGAGACGAGUGUUGCUUCUGGAAACGAGACGAGUGUUGCUUCUAGAAACGAGACGAGUGUUGCUUCUGGAAACGAGACGAGUGUUGCUUCUGGAAACGAGACGAGUGUUGCUUCUGGAAACGAGACGAGUGUUGCUUCUGGAAACGAGACGAGUGUUGCUUCUGGAAACGAGACGAGUGUUGCUUCUGGAAACGAGACGAGUGUUGCUUCUGGAAACGAGACGAGUGACAUUUUUCUUUGUUGCAGUU